AUGGCGGAGGUGUCUGCGAGCCCCCGCAACGUCCUGGCUUCCUUCGAGAACGCGGGUGAGGGGAAGGCAGUCGCGGUCACCUGCAAGGAGAUGGUCGAUGCAAUGUCCAGCGCCCCUGGCUACGACACGCUCGAGAAGUGGAUGCAGCGCAAGGUGAAGGACUCUUUGGCAGAGCCCGCGCACGGGAGCGUGACUUCGCCUGCCAUCACGGCCGCGAUGCGACACCACUGCGGCUUGCUCCGCCCAGAUGGGCCCCUCUUCCGCCAGCUCUUCCUCCCCGAGACGCCGAAGGAACAGGGCCUCCAGAAGUCCGUUUACGGCGUCCAGCUCUUCGUGGCACUUGCCGUCCACAUCGCGUGCAGCCCCGCCCCGUUCGGAGUCUCCGAGUGCCGCGUCGUCAUCGAGGGCUCGGAGCUGAUCAUCGCGGUUCGCGCCUCCGCGACCGUGGGCCUGGGCGGCAACUUUGCGGUGGAGCUGAAGUCGAACAUGAUGGCCAUGCUACCUGCGGGCUACCAGUUCCUAAUCUACCACAAGGACGUCUCGCGUGGAUACCGCUGGGGGCUCUCUCCCGAGGGGGACACCCAGCGGACGCAGGUCAUGGUCGCGUCCGUGCUGGAGGCGCAUGACGCCCUGAAAGUGGCCCGGGAGCUCGGGCACAUGUUUGCGACAUUCUGUCCACGGGACUUCCGUGUCUGGUUCAGCUUGAGGCUGCACAGGGGCAUCGGGGACGUGCUCGGGAUCGCGAUCGACGCGGACGACGUCGCUUGGAUGCCGAACGGCGAGCAGUUCGUCGCGACCACGGGCAUGGUGUGCCGUAAGAUGCUGGAGGUUCUUGAGUGGCUCUACCGUAAUGGCUUGAUGUGGUUCUGUCUCGAGAACGUUGCCGGCAUAGCAUACAAGCGGAAGGACUUCCGCGUCUCCCGGCACAAGGUGGACUCCACGGAGAGCGGCCUCCCGGCCAAGCGGCAGAGAAUCUACAUCAUCGGGAUGAGCAAGCAUCUGCUACUCGGCGCUGGCUGCGGCUUCCCUGCCCCCUUGCCUCCCAUGGCCCCUGUGAAGCUUUCUGAGUUCCUCGACGCCGAGGGCCCCUCCGAGUCGCCGCUCCCCGCUGCUCCUGGCGCCCGCCUGAACGUGGAGGUGUACAACAAGCUGUACCUCGACAUGCAGAAGGCUCGGGGCGAGGCCGCGGGCGCCGUGGCCGUUUGCGAUUUGACGCGAGAUCCUACCAAAGUGUUCGGGAGGUUUUUGUAUCCAGAGUCCUGCGGGGCCCUCACCACUAAGAACACCUACUUGUGGGUCGUGGGCCGUUUAGAUGGCAAAGUGGAGGGCCAUGGGCGUUGGCUCAGGCUAUCCGAGCGGUGCAGGAUCAUGGGCCUAGCUCCUGAGAGCCUCGUGGGGGUGAUCACUGAUAAGGCCUUGAUGAAAGCCGUGGGGAACACCAUGGCGGUCGGCACGGUGGGCAGGGCGUUGACCCCAAUCAUGCGGGUAUGCAAGAGGUGCGAAGUGAACCAGGGGGGCCUCCCAGUCAUGCUGCCCCAGGGGUUCCAAGUGAGCGAGGGCCCGUCGACCAGGUUCGACGUGAGCGAUGUCCAGCCGACCGCGAAGAGGGCCCGCACGAGCACCGACUGCCGCGAUCACUGCGUUUGCGGUAGGAAGGCGGAGAGGGCAGAGAUGAUUCGCAGCGCGGGGCUGAAAUGCACGGAGACAAGCGGCAAGGCAACGUGCGAGGGCGAUGAGGGCCAGAAGCUCUCGCUGAUCAUCUCGUGGGCGGCAGCCCGUUCCGCCAGCGACGGGUCGGUUUCUUGGACAUCAUGGCUGAGCUGGGCGCCGACGUCUACCCAGCGCGCCCUCGCGCCGUCGAUGUUGAAUGCCACGGGCGCGCCGUCGAUGCUCCGCGCCGCGAUUAUGCCGCCCAUGUUGCCCCAGAGCCUGUUGAGGCUGCAUGCCGCGGACGCGCCAUCGAUGCUGCAAGCCACGAGUGUGCCGCCGAUGGUGUCGCCGAGCCUGUCGAUGCUGCAAGCCGCGGACGUGCCGUCGGUGCUGAUGGCCACGAUUGUGCCGUUGAUCCUGGCGCCGUUGAGCUCGUCAGCGCUGCAAGCCGUGGACGCGCCGUCGGCGCUGGCAGCCGCGAUUGCGCCGUUGCCCCUGGUGUCGCUGAGCCCGAGGGCGCUGCAAGGCAUGGGCUUGCCGUCGACGCUGCUCUCGCCGAGCCCGUCGACGCCGACAGCCGCGGUCGCGCGAGGCAGUGCCGUCGCUGGCGGUGGGAUCACCUGCGAAUCCAGUGCCAGCGCGGACGGUGCGAUCACUCGCCGAUUCAGUGCCAACGCUGGUGCCGCCUCCAGCGGCGGCGGCGGCGGCGCUCUGUUCGGCGCCGGCACGGGUGCGGCCUCCAGCGGUGCUGGCGGUUUGUUUGGCGCUGGCGCGAGCGGUGCGGCCUCCAGCGGUGCUGGCGGUUUGUUUGGCGCUGGCGCGAGCGGUGCAGCUUCCGGCGAUGUUGGCGGGUUGUUUGGCGCCGGCGCUGCCUCCGCGGGCGCCGCGGGGCUCUUCGGCGCUGGAGCCAGCGGCGCUGCCUCUGGGGCUGGCGGACUGUUCGGCGCUGCCUCUGGGGCUGGCGCAGUGUUUGGAGCCGGGACCAGCGGCGCUGCCUCUGGGGCUGGCGCACUGUUCGGUGCCGGCACAGGCGCUGCCUCUGGGGCUGGCGGACUAUUUGGCGCUGCCUCCGGGGCCGGCGCAGUGUUUGGAGCCGGGACCAGCGGCGCUGCCUCCGGGGCCGGCGCGCUGUUCGGCGCUGCCUCCGGGGCCGGCGGGUUGUUUGGUGCCGGCGCCAGCGGUGCAGCCUCCGGCGCUGGCGCACUAUUCGGCGCUGGCACGGGCGGUGCAGCCGCCAGUGGGGGGUUGUUUGGCGCUUCAGGCGGCGCCUCCGCCGGCGCUGGCGGUUUGUUUGGCGCUAGCACCAGUGGCUCCGCCGGCGCCCUGUUCGGCGCCAGCGCCGGCGCGGCCGCCGCCGGGGCCUCCGCAGGGGCCGGAACGCUGCAGCAGGCGAAGGCCGCCGUGGUCGAGCACCGCAAGGUGAGCGACCUCAUGCGGACGUGGGAGGAGAGGGUCCACAAGCAGGCCCAGCACUUCGAGUCCUUCGCAGCGCAGGUGAUGCAGAACGACACCGAGAUCAUUGCCUACGCCGCGAAAGUGAAGGGGCUGGCUUCGGAGCACGAGAAGCUGAAGAAUAGGCAAGAGCGCGUGGACACGUCCAUCCAGCAGAUCUGGGAGCAGCAAGACGCGCUUGGUCGUCUGCUGGCAAGCUUGGAGGACACGCUGCAGACGCGGUUGCCGGGCCCCGCCGCGGGCGCGCUGGUGCCGGAGGGGGCGCACCGGAGGGCCCAGGUGCUGACCGCCCAGCUGGACGAGCUGGACAGGCAGGCCGAGGAGCUGGCAAGGGAGACGGAGACGGCCAGGUCCACUCUCUACGCCGAGCCGCUCACCUCCGUGGUGCGCGUUCUUGACGCCCAUGCGAGCGCGCUGGACUCCAUACAGGCCCAGGCGAGCUCCCUGGAGCAGAGCAUCCGGAAGGCCGAGGCCUCGCUGUGA